AUGGAGUAUAUUGCAUACACUGAUGCUAAAUUUUAAUUUACUGGAACUCGUAAACACUUUUUUAGAGAUAAAUAAUAUUAUGUAAGUGUUUUUGAAGAUUAUUUUGUGAUGGGAAAUGUAAUUCUCUUCAUUUAUUAAAUUAGACUUGUGAUACACAAUCUCCAAAAUACAAAAUAAGCUUAGAUCUGAAGAUUAAAAUAAAUUGGGACUUAAAAAAAUAGAAAAACGAUAUAAUUAUUUAAUCCUUUGUAUUUCCAUACAAAAAUUCUUUCAAGACUUUAUAUGCAGACCAUGUGGAUUUGUUAAAGUAACUUUAAUUUAAUAUUAUUAUAUUUCUCAGAUUCAAAGAGCUUCUUGGUUUGUCAGUAACAUAUGAAGGCAUAGGUGAUCUUUAUCUUCCUAUUUUAUAAAUUGGAAAAGGCAGUUCAGCUAAAGUUUAUAGUGCUAAAAAUAUUUUGAAUUAAAACAUUUACGCAAUAAAAGCUAUAGAGAAAACAUUUUUAGAUUCAACUGAAAAAGGCUCUGGUUUAGUAAUUCAGUUCAAUAUAUUAAAAUUAGGCUGCUUAUCAAAUGGAAGUUAGAAUUCUUAAAAUUCUAUCCCCUUAUUCUUAUAACUUUUUAACUUUAAAGGAAAUAUAUGAGGGUGAUCAUACUUUUUAUUUAGUCACAGAUUAUUUAGAAGGAGCUAGUCUAAGUGAAGAAAUUGAAAGAGCUAAAGUAAUUUUUAAAAUAAUUUAUAGAAUCUACUUCCAGAUCGUCGAUUAUCAAUAUAAACUAUUAAGAUAUUGAUGUAUAAAUUAUUAUCAAAUUUAGCAUUGCUACAUAAAAAUAAAGUAUAUAAACAAAUAUUAUAAUAGAUUAUUCAUAGAGAUCUUAAACCAGACAAUUUGAUGUUUGCUAAAAAAAAUGAUUAUACUUCUUUAGUUUUAGUAGAUUUUGGAUUAGCCACAUUUGAACAUUUAGAUAAGUAAAUUUAAUUUAUUAAUAUAUAAGAUUUCUAUUUCCUAAAUGUGGAACUCCAGGAUAUGUUGCUCCUGAAGUACUAAAUUUACAUUUUGAAAAUAAAUACACCACAAAAGUAGAUAUAUUUAGUAGUGGUUGUAUUCUUUAUAAAUUAUUGACUGGAAGAAGUAUUUUUGGGGGCAAAACCUUUGAUGAUGUAUUAAGAGCAAAUAAAAAAUGUUUUAUUGAUUUAGAUCUUCCUCUGGAUCAUGUUUAUUUGACUGAUCUUUCUCUGGUAUUAACGUCAUUUUAAUAUUAUUUUAGAAUUUAUUAAAUUAGCUAUUAUAAAAAAAUCCAAAAUAAAGAAUAAGUGCAACACAAGCACUUUCUCAUCCAUUCUUCGAAUAAAUUAGUUAAUAAAGUACUUAAAUGUUAUCUACUUUUAUAUCAAAUGUAAAAAUUAGUCACAAUGGAAAUUUUAAUUUAUAAUGUGAAGAAUAAAUGUCUAAAUAUGAUAUAGAAGAGUAUUAGAUAAAUAGUGAAAUGAAGGAAGACGAAUAAAAUACAAUUUAAGUUCCUCAAACAAAAAGAUGUUCACUUAUGAAUGAGUUCUAAUCUCCUUUUAGAUCUACAUUUAAAUUUUAUUAAAAAGAACCCUUAUCAGGAAUAAAAUGUUUAAAAUUAAUUGACUUGGCUAGUCCAAGGGAAGAUUCAAAUGAAAUAGCAAGUGAAUGA